AAAAAAAGACACAGGGUGUAUAAUAACUGCAGAGAGAAUAGUCACUAGUACUGUAAUAACUUCAUACGGCGACAGAAGUUAACUAGACUUAUGGGAAUAAUCACAUUGUAAUAUGCAUAAAUAUCGAAUCACUAAAACUAUUAUUGCAAGUCAAUUAUAUUUCCAUUAAAAUUUUUGCUUGAUGCUACAGGACCUGCACUCAUGCCUGUACAACAGGGCACACUAAUUUUGUUAGUAUGCACUUUGGGUUUAAAACUCACAAAUGUGAUACUGACCCCUUCCCGCUGAAAGAGGGGAAGCCGAGCGUCCUGCCCACAGUCCUAGGAGUUGGUUUGCUCCGUCUGGUAGCAGCGGGAUCCUUCUUCCUCCUGCCCCUCGGCUUUUCCCGCCCUUUCCCCCGAGAACCAAUCACCGAGCCCGGCUGUGGAGCCAGGACCAAUCAGCGAUCUCUGCUACGGUUCCCUCGCCCACCGCCUUACCCGCAAGGCGGCGCCAUGUUUCAAGGGCAGCGGGGCUGGUUCUGCCGCAGCGUCAGCGGGAACCUGAGGCAGUUCUGGGGUAGGAAGCUGGGGAAAGGGUGGGUGAGGGGGUGGAGGUGGCACCCCUCCCACUCGUGUGCCUUGGCCCCAGGGUCCUUGCUGGCUUACCCGCCCUUCGCUCUUGCCUUCGCAGUGUCCGAAGGGGGGGCGAUCAGUGACCCGAGGGCCGCCGACUUCCUGUUCAGCUGCGACGCCUCGCACCCGGACACGAUGAGAAUAUAUCAGAGCCUCGAUUACAUAGAUGAUAAUGCUACCGUUUUUCAUGCCUACUAUCUCUCUGCAGUAGCUAAUGCUGAAAUUAAAAAUUCAGUGGCUCUAGGUCAUUUCGUUCUUCCUCCUGCAUGCCUGCAAGAAGAAAUAAGAAGAAAACUUGGUAGUUUUAUUUGGGAACAAGACCAACAUUUUCUGAGAGAAAAGCAUGAUGAAGUAAUGUCAAAUGAAAGAAACAUCCUUAAGGAAAACUGUGAACUGGCCACAGAUCACAAAAAAGAAUUAUCCAAAAGCACAAAAAAGCAUUUUAUAAGGACUCCAGUUGUAGAAAAGCAGAUGUACUGCCCUCUUCAGAAUUAUCCAGUGAACAACAUGGUAACAGGCUAUAUAUCAAUUGAUGCCAUGAAGAAAUUCGUUGGGGAGCUACAUGACUUUAUUCCUGGAAGUUCAGGAUAUUUGGCAUACCAUGUUCAAAAUGAAAUUAAUAUGUCUACCAUAAAAAACAAAUUGAAGAGGAAAUAAGUUGUCCUUGUAUCUGGGCAUUUAUUUUCUAUAAAAUAUUAUCAAAGAUGGGCAUGAUUUUAAGUUCUCCCAUUUGGGACAGGGGUAUGAGGAAAUGGGGAUGAUUUCUUUUCUUUCUGUCUCAAAAAUGUAUCUUUAGAAAAUUCAAAAUCUUUUUGGCUUUGUAUUUUGACAUUUGGGCUGGACUGUUUCCCCAGCUUGUAACAUAUGCCCACAGAUACUGAGUGUACAGUUGUUUGGUGUUAUUGUCAUUGAAACAUAGUUUAU